AUGGUACCACUUUCGGCUCAAAUUCCACCGCAACCAACUGCGACAACCGCAAACACAUGUCUCAAUGACUGUUUGAAACAAGGAUCGCUUAUUUUUGCUGCUUCUGAUCUUCGUAAUUUUCAAAAGAUUAUCCUACAUAUUGAAGAAUUUUGCAAUACUCACAAGAAAUUAUUGAAAUGUGCUCAAUCAUGUACCGGUGAAGAUCGAGAAGAGUUGGCUAAGACGACAUCACUUAGUGCAUUUAUUUGCAAGGAUAAAAUAGAAGAAUUUCGAUUGGUCAAAGAAUGCAUGGGAAGUAAAGAGGAUAUCGAUAGUGUUAAUAAAUGUUCCACUGAAUGUGGACAUCCUUCUAAUGCUACCAUUCAACUUGAUUCAUCACCUAUCGCACCUGUUAAUCCAUUUACACCCAUCGAUAGUGUUACGCAAGUUUGCAGUACAAUUGAAUGUGUCAUGAAGUGCUCUAUAGUGGAAUCUAAUAAAAUAUGUGCUGGAAGCGGUUAUUUGUUUAGGGAUAUUGGUUUCAAACAAGUGCUAGAAGCAAAUGAUCAAUUGCAAAAUGAUGCAUUUAAUUCAUCAUCGGCUACACAACAAUUAACUAAGACAUAUUUGGAAUCACUUCCUCAACAAUGUACUUAUAUUAUCAAUCCUAUCAAUUACAACACGACGUUCGUACAGGAUGAAGUAAACGAUGAGACGAAGACAAUGAUGUCAGAAGAAGGAAAUAAGGAUAAAGAAGGAAUGGAACAAAUGACAUCAGAAAUGUUUAAUACAAAUAAGGAUGGUGUUAAUGUACGGAUAUUCGGUGCAGAAUUUACGACCCAAUCUACUGGAGCACCGGAAGAUGAUGAUCUAAUGACGAAGAACAUGGGAAAAGAAGGAACAAUGAUGACUGUAAUGCCGCAAAUUGCAAAAGUAAAAAGCUAUCAUAAUACAUCGAUGAAGUCUAAAGCAUCGGUGCAAAUUCAUAUACAGCCAAUACCAUCGCAUGAACCAAAGAGACAAGAAGAGGAAGCGGAAGCGGAAGAAGAAGAAGCAUCGAUCAUGUCAACAUCAGUACCAUCCACUUCAACGGAUGAUCGGUCGAUGAAUAUGGAAGAGGAUGAGGAGGAAGGAGCAACUACUGCAGUAAAGGAGGAAAAGCAUAAGCCGGAACGAAAGGAGGAAGAAGAGGAGGAUGAAUGGAGAAAAGAUGGAAGUACAACAACUGCUACCCAAGAAUUGAAUGAAAAUGAUGAAGAAGGAGAAAAUAACGAUGAGAUGGUGCAUAAUACAAUGCAAGAAAUGACAGAACGUACAAUAGUAGUUGUGAACGAUGAUAAGGAUGAUGAAAUUGAUAGCAAUACCGUUAGAGAAGAUAAUGCGAUUAAACAGCAACAACAAGAAAAGGAUGCAACAAAACAAGGCAUACGUGAAAGGAUCACUCUAUCAUUAAUAUUAAUCCUUCCUUUGACUUCAUUAUAUUUUUCCUAUUAA